AUGUCUGCACCACCACGCGCAUCAACUGGCAGGUCGAGCAGGGACGACGUCUUGCAGUUCCUCGACUCGCUGGACACAUACUCGCCGACUGCACCCAGACCCUCGGCCGCAGGAGGCGCAGGCGCUGUUCCUAGCACGACCCUCCCCCGCUCGUCGUCGAACCAUGGAGGACUCGGCUCGAGUGUCGGAGCUGGCUCAAAGCCCCCUGCAUCGGCUUCAACGGCUGGCGGUGCACCGGCUAAGGCAGCACCGAACGCGGCAGAGGCUCAAUCCGUCCUCGACUUUCUCGACGAGAUCACGCAGCGCUCGUCCACCCCAACUGCGUCCGUCAAGACUAGCGACCGGUCACUCGAGAAGAAGUCGUCGGUCCCGUCUGGACUCGGGCGGAGCACGAGCAGGCAGAACUUGACGGGUGCGGGAGGGUCGGGCGCAGCUGGACAGGUUCCGCCGAGGAGGAGCACCGACAGCGUCAGAAGCCAGCGGACAGUCGGUGGCACGCCUGUGGGAGCUGGAGGUGCAGCGCUGCCGGCGAGCCCGCGAAGCGCGGCAGCUACGGCUCCGAACGCCUCCAUCGCCUCAGCUUCAACGACUCCCGCAGCAUCAGAAGACGCCUCGAAGCAGCAGCAGCAGCAGCAGCAGCAGCAGAGUGGCGGAUGGGGCUGGUCCUCGAUGUGGUCGCAAGCCUCGAACGUCGUCCAGCAGGCGUCGCAUCUGGCGCAGCAGGCUCGCACCGCUGCGGAGGAGCAGGUCAAGACGGCGACGAGCGGUGGAGCCGGCGGCGUUGCUGGUGGUAUCGCGGGUAUUGGCGGCGGGCUCAUGAAGGCGCUGGGAGAGAACGAGCAGGCGAAGAAGUGGAGCGAGGGCGUGAUCAGCUAUGCCAAGGGGGCGCAUCUGGACCAGCUGGGCAAGGACUUGAAAUCGACGACGCUCAAGUCGCUCACCGACCUCCUCAACGCCGUUGCGCCGCCCAUCGCCGAGCACGAGGUGAUCCAGGUCAGCCUCAGCCACGACAUGGUUGGCUACGAUGGAGUCGAGACGCUGGUCUACCGCGGACUUGCGAAGAUCAUGGACCAGAUCGAGGGCGGCUCGCUCAUCGUCAACAAGGGCACGGAAGAGAAGCCGCGCGAGAUCGAGGGCGACGAGGACGUGCGCGACUUGAACAUCGUCGAUGGGCUGACCGAGGCGUGGAAGCUGGCAGAGGCCAGCAUCGACCAGCUCAUCAAGACGACGUACAAGCCGCCUGCGCCCUCGUCCAGCAGUGCCGACGGCGCCACUGUCCCUGUCACAACCUGCCCCGUCUACAUGCGCAUCCAGCCCUGUCUCGCACCGGUCCCCUUCCUCCCGCCCGCCUGCCUGCCGUCGACCUCGUCCGAACCGAACGCGUCCAAGGUCCUCUUCUUCCUGCUGCUCCUGCGCGAUCCGACACACAACCUCGUCCACACUUCGAUGAGCCAAAGCAUGCCCGCAAGCUGGCUCGACAUUCCGUUCGAGGAGAACGAGUGGGUCGAGGACCAGAUGGUCGAGAUCAUCCGCCGGUCGGUCGAGAUUAUCGGCCAGGAGUACAUCUCGCACCGUAUGCGUGCGCAGGCGGUCGCUAUCUCUCAGGCGAGGGCGGAGGCGCAGCAGGCGCUUGACCACCACAAUGCGGAGCAGGACCAGCAGGAGCAGGAGAAGACGGAGGCCGAGGCGAGUACGGCUGCGCAGGAGGCGAGGGUUGGCGUUGUUUGA